ACAUUCUGGAGGCGUGUGCAGCGAGUGCGAUCGUUCAUGUAGUCAUGUUGCGUAGUUUAGGAAGACAGUCAUGGCUUUUACUGUGUUGAAGAAAACGAGUCAUUGUAGGGAAUUAAUACGAGGAACACUAAUAAGCCCGUCGCCGAACCUUGCGUCGUACUGCUAUUUGAAUGACUGCUCUCUCAGUGUGGUAGAUUUCAAGACCGAGUUUGUCACAGCGCAAGUCGACGGUGUGCAAGACUUCAUAUGGAGAGAAGGAGUAAACGCAGAUGAACUCGUAAUCGUAUCAAACCAGCACGAUCUAUCGCUGUACUCUUCACUUGCGAACGGGUCCUAUGUGAAGAAGCAGCUUAAAUGGACUUCACUACACGAACCCGAGACAAUCGAGCUGAUUUACUGCAAUGCCAGCACCUUCGUGUUUCUAAUCAACAGAGCUCACCUUGCGAGCGCCGUCUUGAUAAGUGAUGUGUUGGAAACUGUGUGGUGCCUGGAAUCUCCUUGCGAUAUAUUAAAAGUUAGAGUCCUAGGAUCAGACCUGCAUGUGCUUACGUCACAGGGAAGCCUUCUUGCGUACGAUAUCAAAGAUGGCUCGCAGACUGCACACUGGGAGCUCCAGGAGGACCUCUUCGAUAUCAAGAAGAGUUCCGAUUUCUGCGUCUUCCGCCAAUCAGAAACUGCCGUCGUUUGCGUUGGCCACACGAAGUUGUACACGGUGCGUUUGCGACGUUCGCUUGACGAGAAGGAUGCUCCUAAACGCACGAUCAAGUCCAGGGGAGUCAUCACUGGCCUCGCGAAAGGAAGGCCCAGCCCUGCGGCAACGGCUCCCUGCCAGCUGUUGCUUGAUAUGUCCAUCCGAGACGCUGACCACCAUGUCAUGUGGAUGCCGGAUGACAGACACCUAAUUUUGUGCUGUGGUGCUCAAGGCCUACAAAAUCUGGCGACCUUUGAAUUGGACGCCAAUGGGGUGUUCUCUUUAGUGCCUUGCGAAAGUGGCCUGCCUGAGGAAGGAUCAUUUUCGGUUGUUUAUGACACCAGAAGCACUAUGGGACAUGCUCCAGCAUUUCUUUUUUCUCAUUGCACUGCAACACUGACAUUUGGUGCUGCCACUCGAAGACUGCUUGCAGAGGUCAUGGAGCGAACUGGCACCAGGGCUGCUGAGAACCUGUCUCAGUUAAAUCAGUGGCAGGCAAUGGCUGUUGACCUGACUGUGCUGCUUCGUGGUGUCCAAAAUCGACAGCUUGACAUGGUGGCUUUCUUUCUAAAGGCCAAAGAAGAUGCCUUGGCAGCACAGUUAUCCAAGGAGCCUGAGCCACGACAGAGCAGUGCUCAGUUACAGCUGCUGUCCAGGGAAGCUGAGACAUGGAGCAAAGUGUUGGAAGAGCUGACGAAUAUCAUCAGGCAAAAUUCUGAGGACCUUUCAUCCAAGCUGUUCUCCCAGCAAUUGCUUCAGCUUCUACUGUCCAGCCUCGUCCACCUACUCAAAAUGCUGCACCCACGAGAUAUGAAUGACAGCUGGACUGAAAGGGCAGAGCUUCGCAGGAGUAUCUGCAAUACUCUUGCUACUUACCUGAGUCAGCUUCGAAGCCAUGUUCACAGCAAUGUGACGGAACAGCCUGUGCAACCCAAAGUUAUUGCAGAUGACUCAACAUUGGAGUGGGACAGGCUCACUGACCAGGAGGUGGUUCUGAAGUGCGUUCGAAAUGGAAAUAUACCUGAAGGCCAAUACCACCUGUUGCGUCGUGGUAAGAUGUUGAAGGCAGAUCUUAUGAAGUCUUUCAAAGAAGUGGCGGAGCGUGAAGCCCUGCAGUGCCUGCGCCGCAAGGACUUUGCUGAGGCUAACCGUGUCCUUGGCAAUGUGGGAUAUUCAAGUACGGAGAAGUUGAAAGAGAUGCUAAUGCUUUGUCGGGAUCGUGGUAUUACCAAGCUGCUAAAAGAUGAGCUGUCAGGCACCGGUGUCUUGAGCAGCGACGAAACUCGUCUUCUAGAGAAAAGUGCCAGUAUCGACGCCAUAUUUUGUGAUAACAAGUCAUGGGCGUGCUCAGCUGCUACACGGCAUUGGGCCACUGCAAAGCACAAACAGCCAUAUGGAUCAAAGCAGGUUGUCACCACUGUGAAACCUUGCCAGCUAGCAGACGUAACUCACCACUGGGACAUGGCGACAAACCGUGGUGUAACUGCACCUUACUGUCGACUUGCACCGUCCUGGCUCAAGUUUUGGGAUUCUGACACUAUCGACAGGGUGUUAACAGAGGGUCGGGCUGUACUUGCAUCGCAAGACAAUGUUCACCUUGGGCCUGGCAAUGAUUCCUGGCGUCUUUUUCUGGAGUAUGGUCUACUUGAAAAAGCCCUAGCCAGUCCAUUACCAUGUGAGGCUGUGGAGGAGACAAGCUGCAUGAUGCACAUUCGUCGCCAGCUGCUUGGAGCUUUGGCGAGGGAAGGCCAUGUGGACGAAGACACACUUGAAGACUUCGAGGCGCUUCUUGGUCUUUUGGGCGAAGUUGGAUUGCGUCCGUCUCAGCUGACGACUUCAUUGCAUGGUGCUAUCACGCCGGAGGACUUUGUACACCGCAUGGUGCAUUUUUGCCUACAGCACAAGCUGUACCACUUGCUGUGCCUCUUCCUGAAGGACCUCUGCCACGAACUGCCACCUUUGUGUCCCCGAUGCAACAGUUCCUUUGUGUCAGCUCUGCGUGAACACUGGUGCUGGAUGGAAGACCCAAAUGAUGCUGUCAAAGCGCGGCGUGCAAUGGCAGCACUCGCAAAAUGCCUGCCAAAAAAGGAUGGCAGCGAGGAUCCUGUUACGUUCUUCGCCGUGGCAUCUACACCUAUCGACCCUGAAGACAUAUCCUUGUACCAGCUUCUUCAGAAGGGAACACCAUUUGAAACCGGUGGUCUUUUCGGGUGGCAGUCUACGAAUGUCUGUCAAGUGGACUCGGAAGGUUCCUCACUCCCACACUUUUCCCAACCGUCAUUACGAGACAAGUUUGGCCUGCGCGAAGAGCUGGGCUACACCUAUUACCUACACAAGGGGCGCCCCUGUGCUGCGACAUUCAAGUUUUUGGCUCAAGAGAUACUCCAGCAUGGCUGCCUUUUCAGCAAAAGGAUUCGGGGUGCUUGCAACAGAGCCUGGAGACUUGCCGAGCGAAACACGGAUGACAUGAAGAUGGUCGCUUCGAGUGUUGCCUUUGCAGAACUCCUGGGCACUGACUCUCGGAACUUCAGGCUGAACCUGAGAAUGGCACGACUUGUCUUUCCCAACAGUCCUUUAGGAGAAGUCCUUAGAGCUCUUCGUCACAACAAGGACGUUGCCAGAAAGCUCCUGCAUCAAGGAGUCAUUUCACUUCAGCGGGCCCUCCAAGGAUCGUCUCAUGCAGCGUUGGAUGAAGCGUGCAGUAGUGGGACAUUUCUGUUGCACCGCUUUGCAUGCGAACACGGCCUGGAUACACCCGAUGUGAUGCUUCGUGUGUGUGCGGCGUCCGGUGACUGGCUGGGCUUUCUUCUUUGGGCACAGCUGCUGCAGCUGCCAAGGGCACAGGUGCUGGAAUUAGUGCCCCUUUUUGAAGGUGACUGCCUUAGAGAACACCUAACUAAGGCCCUUUCUGUGGUGAGUUCCCUGCGACCAAGCGAGCACCGUCGAAGAGACUUGAGGGCAUCACUCUACGCUCGCAUAGGUCUGCAAGCACCAGCUGCCAAGUCACAAGAACAGCAGGAGAAUGCUGCUGAGAACGAUGCACUGUCUGUCUGCAGCAAUGAAAGCAUCGAUGCUGCGGUUCUGGCUGGUACUGAACAACACUACUCCUCGGAGCUCAUGGAACUGGUUCUGCAGUGUAGUGCAAGCAGUACAUCGGGCAACACGGUGGUCACAUGGGAACGAUUUUUUCGUGCAGCUGCUGCACUGCGGCACCAGACACCAUGCCUGCUUGCUGGAUGUUGUCCUGAUGCUCCCAUGGGCAGCUGCUUAGCUCUGUGGUUGCAGCUGUGCUUGGGCACCUACAACGCGAAGUCAAGCGAAGGUGCCUUGGAGUUCACAUUGCUUGAUCUCCAAGAGACCAUGGAGGAUGCAGUGCGAAAAGGACGCCUCCGCGCUUUGCAUCUGGGGCUGCAGCUGUUCUUACCUGAAAGUCUCCUGGUCACACUGGUGGAGUUUCUUGUUUUUCUUUUUCUCGAACGGGACAAGGGGCAGUCAAUGUCAUCACUUGGGAACUUGAGAGCUCGCUUUGCAAAGCUUAGCGGAACUGCCACGUUAGGCUUGGGUGUCAGUUCUCGGGUUUGGCUGAAGGAGACAGUACAAAAGCUGCUCAACGCUUCGUUUGUGCUCUGUCGCUCGCACAAGGACGUGGAGGCUUUGCUCCGUCACUGUGCCUCUCUAUACAAUGCCAGUAAUCUGAUUGCACUGGCACCCUUGCUGGCCUCGUUGAGCCCAUCGCUGUACGUGGGCUUUGACUGGUCCCUGCUGUGGGCGGCAGCUCCUGCGGAACGUGCUCGUGCUGUGGCCACACUGGUUGCACUACUCAAUGAGGCGGGCCAUUUCGCCUCUGCUCUACAGUUGGCACGAGCUGCUCAGCUGCCAUUGGCCGACGUGGCUAUCAGUCAGCUGGAGCUUCGUUUUGAUGCCCUGCGUGGAGCCACAGAUGUUAGCUUUUGGGAUGAUUGUGACAAGGUGCUGAAGGAUUGUGAAGUAGAUGCCACCAUGGCAUACUCUUUCCUCAAGAGCAAAACAGAAAUGCUGACCACAGACGCGGAGCGUCACUACGUGGGUCGGAUCGCACUUCGCUGGCUGCAGGCAAGUCCUGCAUGGCCCUCCCCGCAGGCUGAACACUGGGAGGCCAAAGUGUGGCUCUGGUGCAUACGCAGCGGAAGCAGGCCACAACUGGAAGGUGCCAGGUGUGGAGGGCCUCUGGUGAUGCCGUCGCCACCGAGCCCUGGAGCCUGUGAAACGUUGACCGACCCACAGGAGGUUGAGUCAUUGAAGAGCCUUAUUGAUGAUCUUCUUUCUCAAGGCCAAUUUUGCAAAGCCUGUCAGCUGUCGUCUCUUUUUGGAAGUUCUACACCAGACCUUGACAUCUUAUUAACGUGCGUACGCCUAGCACAGCAAAUGCUGACUGCUGAUAAUGUCGACCAACAAAUCAUGAGCCUAGUUGGGAAAGCACUGUUGAUGCCUAUGAGAAAGACCUCCAUGGUUGUGCUUUCUCCGGCUUGGCAAAGUACCAGCAGCAGCAAAAAAUCCAGAGAUGAAGGGAUCCUGAAGCUUUUGGAGCAACUUGCCACAUCAUCCUCUCAUUCCCAGGAGCUAUGUCAGUGUGUCCUGGUCAUGUUUAACCUGUCCCUGCAUCUGCAGUGCACAUAUGAGGAGCUAGCUUUGGAGACCGACCCUAUCAGUCAUCUAGGAAGUCUGCUGAGCAGUGGUGACUCGGAACGCGUUCUUUCUCGUAGCGACUUUGCCCUUGCAAAGAAGGUGAUAGUGUCGUUCAAGAUUCCCGAUGAAGACGUGGCCAAGUUUCUGUUUCGUCAGGCUAUGACGGCCAUCCGAGCAACCACAGCAAAACGUGACAGCGAAAACAAGAAAAAAACAAUACUAGAUUCCUGGGACCUUGCAGUAGGCCUGUGCAGUGACCCAUGUCUACUUGGGAAUCUCCUGCUCAAGGCACGAGCACCCAAUAUUGAUGCUGUUCGUCACAGUUUCAAAGCUCUGUCACUGGAGGUAGAGCUCUGCGUGCGGGCACACAAUUGCUUCCUGGAGGCAUGCAGCAUGGAGGGCAUCUCACGUGUGUUGCACCGCUGCCACCGGCUCACGCCGUACCUUGUGGCUGGCAACCACUUCAACCUGCUUGUGUCCUUACUGACUGGCAUGGCGCGGUACAGUGAGAUGACCUACGUCUUCGAUUUGCUGCAGCAGCACCACCACUUCGAACUCCUCUUCCAGAAAGGCAUGGAGAAGGUGCCAUACCUAAGGGUGGCAUUGCUGGACUACCUCAAGCAUCGGGGAUGUGCAGACACUGACCUGUACUCCAUGCUGACACUGAAUUUCAACAUGCAUCGUGAGAUUGCCGAAAACCUGGAAUCUGCAGCUCUCAAAAAGAUGAACAGGCUCUCUGGAGAUGGGCCCAUGACAUGGAGCGUACAAGAACAGCAGACCUUGGACACAGUGAUGCAAGAUCUGGCUGACGCAGCUGAGAGCUAUGUCAAGGCGGAAUGUCUUCUCAGGGCUCAAGCAUGUGCCCGGCAAGCACAGCUUGUUGCCCUCCAGUUGCGCUACUUCAAAUCUCGGCUUCCGCUGCUCAACCUGACACCUACAACUGCCCUUUCUACUGUGGCACAGCAUCCUAACUUUUUCGAGGCUGACAUGAUAGCAGAGGCAUAUGGACUUCAAGGCUGGCACAGUGCAGCACUUUUUCAGAGGUUAUUGCUUGAACAAGACUGGGAAUACCUUCGGGACCUGUGUUCAGUCUGCGAGUUGACUCCUGAAAAUGUUCAAGAGCUAGUACUCAAGUACGAGGCAGAAGGAGUGAGAAACGAGAAGAGUCGGGAAGCCCUCGAGCACAUCAUUGAAAGGCUUCCCUGCUUGGAGUCACGGCUGCAGCUGUCAAAGAGGCUCGGAUUUUCACGACUUGCAUCAAAAACACUGCAAGAUCACCCUUACCUUCGUGACCGCCUCGAACAAGACGUUCGGUAGCCACUAUUUACACAAUUUUCUACAAUGUUGUCAAAGUAGUAUUUGUUGUAUUUUGUACUGUACUGUAAAGAAUUGAAUUUUACCACAUGGAAGAUAGUGAAUAGUGCAAUAAAGUUGUUCUUGUUCAA